AUGCCCGGAGGUCAUACGCGACCUGAUCCCGUACGUUCGCAUCGAUUUUUGAUGUGCGAUGGUGCAGUCUCUCUUUGCUCUCAUCCUCUCACUGAUUUGCUGGGGCGACUGAACCACGUUGCAAUCGCCACACCAGAUUUGACGAAAGCUUCUCAAUUCUAUGAGAACCUCGGUGCGAAAGUUAGCAAACCAGUGCCUCAACCUGAGCACGGUGUCUACACGGUGUUUGUCGAGUUACCCAACUCGAAACUGGAGCUUCUUCAUCCUCACGGAGACAACUCGCCCAUUAAAGGCUUCCUUGACAAAAACAAGGCCGGUGGUAUGCAUCAUAUCUGUAUUGAAGUCAACAAUAUUACGAAGGCAAUGGAAACAUGUAAGUCGAAAGGAAUCAGAACUCUUGGAGAUAAGCCGAAAAUUGGCGCUCACGGAAAGGAUGUGAUUUUCCUACAUCCUAAGGACUGCGGUGGUGUCCUGAUUGAACUGGAGCAGAAAUGA